AUGCGUAUAAGGCAAUCUUAGAUAUUGUUAAAGAAGAAAUUAGAGUAAAAAGGAUUAUUGAAAAUAUUGAAAUGAAUGAUACAGAUGAAACAUUUAAGAUCAGUCAUCAAUAUGAAAAGAACGAAGUAAAGCACUUGCCUAUUAUGAACAAUCCACAAAAAUAG